ACGAAAAUCCAUUUGGACGCAUCUUGAAUGUACUCGGUUGUCUUCCUUCCACCCAGAGUUUCGGCCGAAGAGUUUUCUGCAACCUUAACAGCAGCCUGACCUCCCACCGAUUAAGAAUGCUCUGAGAUGCCCAGGUCUAGUCCAUGGGUAUCAGUCGGCUGGAUGUAUUUUACAGAAGGCUUCUCCUCACCAAACUUUUCAUUGGGGGAUGGGGAAAGCCCGAAGACCUCAAAAGAAUCUUUGAGUUCCGAAAGAUUAUUGGAGACAGAGAAAAGUGCAAGACACUUGUGCCUGUGGACUAUCCUGUUUACAUAAACAAGACAGAGGAGCUCACUGACUGCCACAUCCAUGAUGGUUUUUUCAUUUCUCCACUGGAGCAUUUGGUGCCAGGCAUCCUGCCACAAGAGGCUGUCAAAGCAAGGUUCCAAUUUAUUGUACCAAAGAGGUGGCAGUGGAACAGACCAGUAUGUAUUCAGUUAGCUGGGACUGGAGAUCAUUUUUUUUGGCGGCGUCGGACCUUGAUGGCCAGGCCCAUGAUCAAGGAGGCAGGAAUGGCUUCUCUGCUUCUGGAAAAUCCGUAUUAUGGCUAUCGCAAACCCAAAGAUCAACUGAGGUCAUGUUUAAAGAAUGUGUCGGACCUCUUUGUGAUGGGAGGAGCGUUGAUCUUGGAGUCAACUGUGCUGUUGCGCUGGCUGGAGAGAGAAGGAUACUGGCCCUUAGGAAUGACUGGCAUCUCUAUGGGAGGAUAUAUGGCAUCUCUGGCAGUGACCAACUGGCCCAAACCCAUUCCUCUGAUUCCCUGUCUGUCGUGGUCUACUGCCUCCAGUGUGUUCACCACGGGUGUGCUUAGCAGAGCAGUAAACUGGGCCGAGUUGGAGAAGCAGUAUGCAGUUAAUUCAGUGUAUGAGACAGAGAUCAUCAAGCUGCUGGAGUACUGUGGGGCCGAUUCCUUUAAGAUGGGAACAGAACUGCAGAGGAAUGUGGACUCUUUAGGGAAUCUGCUUGGCCUUUCCGGAGCGCUGCCAAUCAAAGAUGGUCAUUUCGUUAAAGUGGAGACACAGUCUGAAGUCAGCUCAUCACUAGUCAACAGAAGCGGAACUAAUACCGGAACCAUCACUGCUCACAGUGUAGGUCAUGGGAAGAAGAUGAACUCCCACAAAUGUUGUCAGCCAUCGCUGCACACAGAGUCAAUCAGCUUCAUGAAAGGGGUGAUGGAUGAAUGCACACACAUGGCCAACUUUUCUGUUCCCGUAGACACUGGUCUCAUAAUUGUGGUGCAGGCCAGAGAGGACGCCUACAUUCCUCGAACAGGAGUCCUCAGCCUUCAGGAGAUUUGGCCUGGAUGUGAAAUCAGAUAUCUGAAUGGAGGACACAUCAGUGCUUACCUGUUUAAACAGAAUUUCUUCAGACAGGCCAUUUAUGAUGCAUUUAACAGGUUUUGCCUGAAGUAUCCAAGCUCCCAGUAGCUGUGGGAGGCUGAGGCCCUGUUAACGCUGGGACAGGCACCACAGCCUGAAGAAAGGACCAGAACUUUAUGGACAGCAGCAACGAUCAGAAACAUGUCAAAUUUUUGACAAAUCAAGAGCGGCAGCUUUUGCCUCCUCUUGAUUUUCUUGACUUGCCUGAUGUGUGUCUCAUGAAAACCCAAACUAAUGUGGAUGACUGAAGAUUUGUGUGCCUGUAUGUGGUGAUUAAGGAUAUACUUAAACCUUGUUUUGAUAGGAUCCUAUGGGAAUCAUGGAACAUUGGAAGUGAUCUCCUGUUUUUAUUAUUUUUGAAAUCUAUGGAUUUUGCAAAUCUGCAAUAAGCUACAGAAAUCAUGAAUGUGGGAGUGUAAUUACAGAAACUAAGUAUUCAUUUAAGGGUGUAAAAAAAUAUCAGCCUGAUAGUUUCUUGCUGUAUUUGGACCACUGUGCAAAAUUCAUAAAUUAAAAUGUAGUUUUGUGAGUAUUUUAUCUAACAUUUAAUCAUUUUUUGUAUCUUCUGUUUUGAAAUAUAAUGAAGCUGAAUACUGUUGGCUUGUGUGUUCUUUGUUCUUCUUCUUUUGAGUUUGUUUGGUGUAGUAGAUGGUUCAGUCUUUGACCAGCGAGAACUGAUUUAAAUAAAUGUUUUUUAAAAUCUCCCAGAUGUUCUGCAGCUGGCUUGUUAUGUCCGUAAACAUUGUAUAUCUGUAAUGUGGGUCCAAAUGUGCAAGAUGGUCAUAUGGAAACUGUUUUAUUCCAAGAUUUUAUAGGAGAAUUAUCAGUCACCCCAGAGCCCUUUUUGUAUGAUGUUUGUUAUCAUGAUAUAAACAUUGUCUUAACAACUGA